GCCACACGUCAGUCUCAACCUCCAGGGCAUGGUGGAGCCGGAUUCCUUUCACCUGUGCGGGACAUUUUUUGGUGCAUUUGGACAUAUCAAAGCAGGAGGAGAGACAUUCUGAGAAAGAAGCACCAGAAAGACUGUGAGUGCCUGGUCUGCAGCUGCAAGAGGAUUUGAUGUGGGAGUGUUUGAGAGUGCCGGUGUGAAUUUGUGUCAUGCACGCGGGUGCGGUCUGUUGCUACGCUGCAUCUUCCUUCUGUCUCUAACAUGUCCAGAUGUGUGGAGCGGUGACGCUGGCACCUGGCAAGGAGUUGAUCACCAUCUGGACUGGAGGGGUCGCAUCCCCCUUUUCUGCCCAGGGGAGUUGGCAUUGGGCCGGGCACCCAAUGGCCCAGCUCCCCUCUAGCACCAGCCUUAUCCCGGGUCACAGUGACUCCUUCUAGCAAGUCGAUCAGUUGGACCAUACGAUGGAUGGAAGUGUUUGUGGUUUUAAGUGGAAUAGUGCACGGGUGCUCCAGCAUAGGUCAGAGUUCACGAGCAUGCACUGGAAUCAUCGGGGGAACACGGAAGACCACAAACUAUCAGGGACGCAGCUCCAUUAAUGCUGUGUAAACACUUGAAGAAUGAUGAGCUCCAAAGAGGAGGAAACUCUCCGUUUUUUCCAGUAUGUUGAGGAGAAUGGGCUGAGAGCCUACAACGGCCUGGUGGCUCAGAACCUGGACCACGCCAGGAAUGAGAGAAAUAGGACAUUCCUGCAGGAGAACAACGACAAGAAGAGAAAACAGGAGGAAGCCAUACGGAGGACAGGUGAGGACAUUGCGACCGAAGGCAAGCACUUGUGUAUGGGCUCCAUCACAAUGCCGGACCCCCAGGAGCGCAUGCCCAUGCCCCACCCUCAUGCCCUCGACUGUGGGCAGGGCUUCUCCGUACGCUCCCAGUCCCUCCACUCCGUGGGUGGUGGGAACAGUGGGGGUGGAGGAGAGGAGGAAGUAGGAAGCCCGACCUCUAGGAAGCAGCCCCCACCCAAGCCCAGGAGGGACCCGGCCACCAAGCUGAGCAUGUCGUCCGAGGCGGUGGACCACAGUCCCACGUCCACCUGCCGCGGGGAGAGAUGUGACGCAGCUCAAGGAUGCAGCGAGGACUGCAGGAGGGUGCCGCCACCCAAACCUAAGAGGAACCCCAACACCCAACUGAGCAUUUCCUUCGACGAGUCCUACAUCAAGAGCCACGGAGUCUGCUCCUCCAGAGCCCUCCACCACGUGACCUCCCCCUGCGAACGCAACGACUCGCCUCCGCAGAGCGACGAGAGCCCGACAGACGACUGUGAAGACGAACCCGUCUACAUCGAGAUGGGCGGGAUCGACGUCGGCCCGCGGGAACCCUUGAAGAGUGAGGACGAGGAGCCCGGAGAGUCUGUGUACGAGGAGAUGAAGUACCCAGCUCUGGAUGACAUGGAGUACCGCACGGACCCCGUAGGGUGUCGCUCCGCCUGCCCCACCCCGGCACCGUAUGACCCUGAACCUCUCAGUCGCUGCUCCACCCCACGAAACAUUCCACUCUGUGACAUUCCUGCACCCUUUCCCAAUUUACUUACCCAUCGGCCUCCGCUGCUGGUGUUCCCACCGGCGCCGGCCCAGUGCUCGCCGAACUCGGACGAGUCUCCCCUCACCCCUCUCGAUGUGAACAAAUUGCCCAUGAUUGAGAACCAAUCGUACAGCAAAUCUCCGACAUCCUCCAGCGAGCUACCCUCCUCUGCACACAUCCGCAGGGAGCUCACCGCCACCCCAACCCUCACCGUGUCCGGCCGCUCUUCUGCGCCUCCUCUACCCUGUACCCUCUACAAAUCCUCCUCCUCGUCCUCCUAUCAGCGCAGCCAUUCCGCUUGCCCGUCGCCAGUCAGCCUGGGCCGCUGUCUCACCCCUCUCAGCCUCAUGCGUACGCCUCCCUUUGACGCUCCGAUGCCGUUCCCUGGCGGUCUGCCGCGGAGCGCCUCCGCCACCCCUCACGGCAAAGGCUCGCCACCUCAAGACGGUGCGGGUCGACUCCACGGCUCCAUGCAGAAUGUGUCGACGGGGCGCUCACGGACACCCACCAGCCCACUGGACGAAUUCACCAACCUGUUCACGACUGGCAGGAACAUGCUGAAGAAAAAUGCCAGUGGCAGGAAGUCUAAAGAGCCUGGAGAGACCGAGUCCAAAAGCAAGUCCCACAGUGAGUCCAAGCGCGAGGGCAAAGAGCGCCACAGCCACGGUCACAGCAAGGAGUCCAAGCGAGACUCCAAGGAUCGCCACAGCAAGGAGUCUUCUCACCGGAGAGACAAAGACAAAGACAGAGACAAAGACAAAGACAGAGACAAAGACAGAGACAAAAACAAAGACAGAGACAAAGACAGAGACAAAAACAGAGAUAAAGACAGAGACAAAGACAAAGACAAAAGCAAAGACAGAGAUAAAGACAAAAACAGGGACAAAGACAAAGAUAGAGACAGAGAUAAAGACAGAGGGAGCAGCCAUAUCGAGUUACUUCCCAACAGACGCAACAGUAAAGACCGUCCUUAUAGCGGUGGAGAUGCGCCACCUGUCCGCAGGGAUAGCAAGGACAAGGGCUGCAGCAGUGUGGAGCCCAUCACAUUGAUGAGACGAGACUCCAAGGACAAAGGGCUUAGCAAUGGGGAUCUGAUGCUCAGGAGAGACAGCAAAGAUCGGAGCGGCGGACAUGGAAUGGAGCCUUUGUUGAGGCUGGACAGCAAAGACCGAGAGAGACCGCUGGACCAUCCACCUGAGCUGUUACAAAGACAAGACAGCAAGGAAAGGAUAAGAAACGGUGUCGACUGUCGACAUGAAAACAGAGAGAGACUUCUGGAUCAGCCACCUGAGCUCUUGCCACGGCAGGAUAGCAAAGAGAGAGCCAGGAACGGUGUGGACUCAAAGCACGAAAGCAGAGACAGGCCACCUGAGCUUCUUCCCCGACCGGAGAGCAAAGACAGAGCUCGAACUGGAGCAGAAUUUAGGCAUGACAGCAAAGACCACCGUCCGGAUUUGUUACCCCAACAGGAUGUCAAAGAGAGAGCAAGAAAUGACAUGGAGCACAGACAUGAAGGUAGAAUCGACCAGCCACCUGAGAUCCUUCCCCGACAAGAGACAUCGAGAAGCAGCAACGGCAAGGACAGGGUUGGCUACGGCUCUGAAUCGAAGCAUGAGGGGAGAGAUCGGAGCUGCCACAAUGGCGGAGACCUCCCUCCUCCGAUUCCUCUGCCCAGGCAGGACAGUAAAGAUCUGAGGAGAACUGGACUGGAAGUGAGACGGGACAGCAAAGACAGAAGUCCGAAUGGCUCAGAGCAGCAUUAUGAUGCACAAACCAGCAAGAGCCCCUCUGCCAUGGAGUAUCGGUGUGACAGCAAAGAGCGAGCACACAGAUCAGACGGCACGCCCAGACGAGAGAACAGAGCAAAUUACAGCACGGACCAAUCAAAAGCACAAGAGAGGAAUGGUAGCACAGUGUCAUCCACCACGACGCCCACUCACCACGGGAGAUCAUCAGGUAGCCCGCCAAUGACCAUGGGAACCGGAAAUGAUCUGAAAGUAGCACCUAAGCAUGGCCGCUUGCCUUCUAUGCCUGCCAGCCCCUCUCCAUUGGGAACGCCACAAAGGAAAGCAGCCGAGACACAUCAAAGUCAGAUGCCCCAGAUGCCAUGGAUCUGUGGAGACGCCACCAUGCUCGACCAGAUCGAGAGGAAACGCACCCUGUGCAUGCAGAUCCGCUCCGGACAACAUCCACACCUGCAGAGAUCUCUGGAGAGGCCUCCUCCUCCGGACAGGAACGAGGACCGGCACCAGGAGCGGAGUCAGUGCAAGCAAGAAAGUGCAUCUGUCCUGCCGGGCUGGGGGGAAAGCAGCGGGGCCAAAAAGAUCCGUCCUCCCCCUUAUCCUACGCAGAAAACCGUAUUCUGGGACACGGCCAUCUGAGCGUAACCACACAUUUGCACCUCUCUGCCACACAAGCCCCAGUUACCCACUCCCUCUUUCCCCUGAGCUGUGCUGAUUCUUCCCAGCGACACAAGGGGCAUCAGGACAGCCGAUAAGAGCACCAAGGGGGAUGAUACUCGCUGAUGUCAAAGGACAAUGGUGGUUACCAUAGCAAUAUUUCUGCUCGUUCAGGUUGUCAUGUUUUCUUAUCAUCUCUGGUGAUAUUUGAUAUUUUUCUAUUUCCUGUGACUAGAUUCUUGUAAUAUAAUUAGUAGUAUAGCUAUUUGAUGAAUAGAUAUUUUCUAAAUGAGAUGGGGAUUAAAAAGCAUCUUAAAUUCUGUAUAGUAGAUGUAGAUGCAAUCUAAUGUUGGUUUUAAUUUCAAUUUUGUUUUGGUUGUUUUGCAUUUGAAAGCAUUAUAUACCAAUAAUUGUACUGUAGUAGCAUAAUUUUCUUAUGCCCAACUGUUUUCUUUGUGCACAAAAGCACUAAACUGAAUGGACAAUUCAUUUCUGUCUAUAUAUACUUUACAUUUUCA